CUGGUAGUGUUCUCUUUACGGCGGAUGACUGUUAGCUGAGCUUUUGCGAUCAGGAAUAUACUUGGCGUUUUCGUUUUAACAGUAACUAAAGCGGUUCCACCCUGGUAAAUUGGAAAAUUUCGGAUCCCUAGGAAAGUUGUUUCUUCCUGCUGGAAAGAGGAACGCUCAGCAUCCGACAAAAAUUGUCUGAAGAAAAAUGGCAUCUCCUAAAGCAGAGACAAAGGGGUUCGUUGUGAAUCUGAGAAAGAUCCUGGAGGACUAUGCAUGGAAGAAACAUCUCCGCAAAAUUGGGAUGCCGUUGAAGCUUUUUGCCAGAAAAAACAAGUUCUAUUUUGAUAUGCGAUGGAGCUACUUAAAAUUCGAUCACAAAACAAACUGGACAAGCUUUUACAGUGCAGAGAACCCUAAUACUGCUGUGAAACCGCCAGUAAAUGUACGUGCCAUAUCUGGACCUAACCCCCAAUCCACUCCCAAAGACUUGGGCGUUCCCAUUGUGCUGCAUUCGGCUGAGUAUGAAAAUCGGACUCCUAUGGAACAAAAGUACACAUUUUCGACCCAGCGGGAAACCGCUGCCUCCGUGUCCGUGGAAUUUCAGGAGAACUACACGCUUGGUGCCAGCACAAACAUUGAGCUCUCCCUGCCAGGGGAUGUUGUAAGUGUGAGCGCAGGGGUCAAUGGCGAGCUCUCUGUCACGGAAACGGAAAGCCAGUGUUUUGAGGACGUGCAUGUCUGGAACGUCGACACGGAAAUUACCAUUAAAGCGGGACACAAAGCGAAAGCUUUUCUUAGCGUACACGAAACGGAAGUUACAGCCGAAUUUGAAGUCAUCACAACGAUGUCACUGGGGAAAGACUGGUUUCCGAUUAUGGUUCGAAAAAGGGAUACGGAUGAAAUUGUCUCUACCAUUUUCGUCACUAGUCUACACGAUGUUUACUCCGGCUACCAGGGACCCAACCUCGAAGUGAUUGAAACAACAGACGAGGAAAACAGGGUCGGCUACAGCGUGCAGCUGACAUCAAAAGGACGAUUCAAGAGCAUUGGUUGGACGGAGCAAGAGGUGAUUGUCCAAUCAGAGCUCUUGACGGAUCUGUCUCAGAUCUCAGAGUGAUUAUCAAGUAUAAGCAACACUCCAGACGAGGCGACCAUUGCUUUUAACUGUUCUGUCACACAUCUGUCAUGCUGACUGUUGGACGAGGCGACCAUUGCUAACCUGUACUGCUUUUACUGUUCUAUCAGACGCUGCUGUGCUGACUGUUAGACAAGGCGACCAUUGCAAACCUGCACUGAUUUAAUAGUUCUGUUGGACAUCUGCCAUGUUGACUGUUGGACGAGGCGACCACUCCUAAUCUGCCGUCUUAUAACUGUUCUGUUGGACAUCUGCCAUGCUGACUGUUGGACGAGGCGACCAUACCUAACCGUCAGUGUUAUAACAGUUCUCUUGAAUAUCUGCCAUGCUGACUGGUCACCAUCCAUACACACAGAGUUACAUCAGUUAUCAUUUACGGCAAGUUACUGAACAUGUUGAAGCACACACAGUUACUGUCUCCUAGAAACAUAAGCAACGGAAUCUGCUUGAUAAAUAUUACGUGUCGCUGAGAUAAUCGCUCUGCUUUUAUAGCACCAUUUGUUAUGUUUGAUACUACCCUGUAUUGUCUGCACAGAUGCCGUGCAUAUGUAACGACGUCUUUAAAUACAUGUGUCAUGCGCUCAUGUAAUACGAUAAUGAAAGUAAAUUCUUCAGCCUUCAUUUUUGUUUCAGUGGAGAGAACGUUGUAUAAUGGGUUAGUUCCACAAACAUUACCCUCGUCAUGUCAUACAUAAACCCGUGGAAGCCUUCCGAGAAGAUAUAUGUCUCCAACUCCAAACAAAGACAAUAACAUUAUAGAUUGUUUAAUAUCUGCGCAAGUUCAAGGAUAUCUACUUGUUUACCGCUUUAUAUAUAUUCAUUGAUCAUAUU